AGCACACUCACAAACUUUCUCCGAAGAUGCAGCGGCUCGUAUUGUCCGGGCGCCGCUACGUCCGUCCAGCUCGCCUCACCGCCGCAGUAUCCGCUUCAUGGCAGUCAUCCGCGACACCAUCGCGGUCUCUAGAUGGCCCGCGUCAUUACGCGAGCGCGAAGCCGCUGCCGUCUCCGUCUCGCAUGAAAGUGGCGGACCUUUUGGAGGUGUCCAAGCAGUUCCGCAGUAAACAGACCAACUACAUCCUCGAGGACCAGACGCUGGACGAGGCUGUGAAAUGUCUGGCACAAAACGAGAACUCAGCGACGCUCGUGGUGGUUAACAAGCAGCACCAAGUAGUGGGGCUUAUCACGAACAGACUGGCACUAAAGAGAGUGAUGCGUAUGCGCUCUACCGGCAAGCGAUCAGACUGGAACAUGAAGGUGUCGGAGGUGGCGAUUCCAGCGCGAAAAGUGCUUCAUGUGUCGCCGGAAGAUUCGCUGGAAGACGUAAGUAAGCGGUAGAACAGUAGUUUACUGGUAGAUUAUUAACUGCUAUGCUUUAGUGCCGAGCAGUGAUGGCGCUGUCUGGAGUAGGGGAGUUGCCAGUGUUGCAAGGGAGUAAGUUACUGGGUACAGUGUCAUUAACUGACAUAGCGUCGUUGAUCCAUCGCCAUGACGCGCAGUUAAAUCCCGAUCCUACCAGCGCUAAAUCGGACUACAUAAACUUGAUCCUACCGCGCAAGGGACUACCCGCCAACACGUCGCUGGACCAGACUGUCGUUCAACAAGAGAACGCCCACCCAAACUACUGGACGUACUACCUGCACUCGUUCGCCAUGUCGAUCCCCCACCCUCAAAAGAAAGACACCGGAGGAGAAGACGCUUUUUUCUUAGGUGUCGUGCCCCACGGCGUAGAAGAAGGCGGCGCCUCCGCUCCAGUACUAGAAGACCGUCCUAUCGACAUCAAUCCGUCCAUUUCAACCGUAACACACGGCACUCAGGGGCCCGUGGACGUCCUAGCAAUGGGCGUCGCCGACGGUGUGGGCUCGUGGUUCGAGAAAGGGGUGAGUGCUCGUCAGUACGCAGAGGAACUCAUGGUCGCAGCUCAUCAAGCAGUGCAGAUCUCGUACGCCAAAGACCACGACAUUGAGCCUUCAGAAGUGCUCCAUGCAGCGUGGUCUACUGUCUUACAGAAGGAGAUCGUGGGUAGUUCCACUGCCUGUGUGCUUGCCUUGGACCCAGAACAGGGAGAACUACACGGAGUCAACUUGGGAGACUCUGGCUUCCUCAUUAUCCGCGACAAAACGUCAGAUCUCGAGACUGCGCGACUACGCGGCACAUUGGACGGCUCACUGAUGCGCAAGAUCAUCAACCGGGACCACGACUUGACGCCUGCUGGACGACGCAAAGGCGCACACGUGACGUAUCGCUCUCCACAGCAGCUACACUACUUUAACUGCCCCUUCCAGUUAGGCUUCGCUGGCGCUGAGCUUGUGAGUGACGUAGUGGACGACUUGGCUAGAGGAACGCACUCUCCGAUGAGAGAGAAGCCGCUUUUUGAGACUCCGGAGAACGGAGUGAGACUGCGAGUGCCUGUGCUCGAAGGAGACCUCAUCAUCCUGGCCACGGACGGACUCUUUGACAACGUGGAUGAGGACGUUCUACUGGAAAUUGUACGAGCCGAGCCUGAUCUCGAGACUAUGACACGGAAACUGGUACAGAAGGCCUACGAUCUGUCGCUUGAUCGGUCCAAAGACUCGCCUUUUGCUCGGCUUGCGAAGGAGAACGACUUGAUGUGGGGUGGCGGCAUCCCGGACGACAUCACGAUCAUCACUGCACGAGUCACGAAGCACAAGACAAAGGAGGAGAAGAUCGCAGAGGCGGCUGCAGUGGAAGCAGCGAUUGCCAGCUAUUAGUUAUCGAGAGAUCCCUGUGAAAAAGAAACAGAAAACACGACGAGAAACUUACUCGACGUCGUGUGUUCUGUGUUGCAUAAAGUUAGAAAGGUCAUCAAGUGGCUCACGUGUCAGCAGCGUCUGCUACGGCCCUGGUCUCGUCGCUAGCAGCCUGCUCUUCCGUCUGCUCAGUACCGGAUGCAUCGCUGUCCUCCUCUUCCUCGGAGAUGACGACGAUGUCGUCAUUACUCUCUGGUUUCUCCUCUUCCUCGUCAUCUUCUUCCUCCUCGUACCCCCCAGUGUCUUCUUCAUCCUCAUCGUCGUCCAACUCCACUGGCGCUGCAGCGGACGACCCUCUCAGAUACAAAUCUCGCACUCGAAUAGCGUCCCGCAUGAGCGACAAGACCGACUCCUGGGCACACGCGUCCACUAGGAUGGCGUCUCGAGCGUCUUCGUGGCCGUAAAACAGCUCCUCCCCGUACUUCUCCAGAGCGGUGAGGCAUAACUUACUGCGUGCAGAGUCGUCCAGCUGCAUCAGAAGUUGUCUGGCUUCUCUCUGGUUCUGCGCUCGAGCGAUGGCUCUCGCAGUCUCCUGUUCGUCGUCAUAUUCCUCUUCUUCGUCUUCUUCCAGGCCACUGUACUGUUGGUACGUUGCAGGAGCAGAUUCCUCCUCUUCCUCGUCCUC